AAACACCAUUUCAAACCAUGAGCACACUAUGGGGGUGUGAAUGUACUUGAAUUAUGCAGAGAUUCAAAAGAUAUUUGAAAGAUAGAAUGAUUUUCUUGUGUUCAUCUUUCCCAUCCCUCCACAAGGGGAGUGGUGAUGAUCUUCUCCUUGGUGAGUUCAGAUCUGACUUUAAAAGUGAAGGUUCCCAUUGAUUUUAACAGUAAGUGAAUUGAAAAGGAAUGAUAAGGAAUCAUUAAAUGUAGAUUAUUUUGAGACACUUUUCACUACUUAUCAUUUCACUAUCAAGGAAGACAAAUUAACUGUGUCUUUUAAAUUCAUCACUAAGAGGGACUCUACACACCUCUGUCCAGCAGCUCUGUGAGCUGCAUUUUGGGUGCAUUUUUAUUAUACUUGCAGACCUCUCAGCAUCUUUUGAAGCUCCUUGGUACAUCACAGGAGGGCUCAAGUCAGAAACAACCUCCAAAUCUGAAUUUGCUCUUUAUAUCCUUCCCGUGUCACUUCUUUAGCUCUUAGAAAUUGUUGUCUUUCAAUGGAAAACAUUGAUUUGCAACUGAUGAUGGUGACACAGACAAGUAGGGUGAAUUUGCUGAUUUUUACAGCUUAUAAGUACUAAGUGUCUCAAGUAGCCAUGAUGCAGGAGAGACCUGGAAACAGAAUGGAUGUUACAGAUGAAAAGCCCUUUAAUGCCUUCCCUUUAUCUUCAGAAUGAUUUUUGUGGCAUGGUAAAGAAGUAAAAAGAGGAAAGGCAUGUUUGCUAAAAAUAAAUACUCUCAAGAAAAAAUAAAGAGAAAAAUCACAAUAUUUAUUAAAUAUGUUAUUAUUAUUAUUAUUAUUAUUCUCUGCCUGUCUUUCAGUCCCAGGGCUCCAUGGAACUCUGGUGAUCAGGCUGUUACUCCCACUUGUCCUCAUGUUGGCAGAAGGCAUCUUAAUGAGGCUCAUCUAUAAAGAAAGCUGUCAUCAAGAUAAGCCUCAGAAAUCCCCUGCAUCCCAAAAGGCUAAAGAGGGAAUCUGGAGACAGAAACUUGUAGACAUCCCAAAAAUCAAAGGCUUUGCUGAUGGAUGUGAGAAGCAGGAUGAGAUCUCUGCUCAAAGCAGCAAAACAGAACCCGGGAGCGGCCCUGGCUGGGGAUCCAGAGAAAGGGAACCUGCAAAAGAUCAGGAAAUGCAGGUUAAAGGACCUGUAUCCCCAGCUUUACACAUCCCCAGGAGAGGCCAAAGCCUAUACCAGCUGGAUUUGUACAGAUCCUGGCCAUGCAAUAGCAUUUACCAGAACUAUCCCGACCUGCAGAUCGGGGGGGACCAUGUGGGGGAACACACGUGUGACUCGGGCUGUGUCCUGGACCACGUGUGUGAUGAACUUCCUGAUGGCCCUGUCCUGCUGUCCAUAGAUAUUCCCCUGGGCCAGUCCCCUCCCUGUGAGCAUCCCAAAAAGCCCAGUGUGACAUCCCUGUCUGGGCAUGAAGCUGAAGCUGCAGAGAGGAGCAUCGUGCUCUCUGAGGAGCCUCUUUCCAACUCCACGCUCAACAAGUACAUGGAAGCCAAGGUGGCAGAGCUCUACAAGCAGUUUUUUGAAGAAAGCCUGGCCAGGUGUGGCUCUGUAACAAACCUCCUGACUUGCAGCUGGCUGAGGAACAGCCUGGAGCAGAUAAGCUUCCAGAUCUCCCAGGAGCAGAACAUAGAAGCCUCCAAGGCCAGAGGAGCCCUCCUGCACUCGCUGGCUUUGUUGAGUGGGCGAAACGCUCCCAACAGGAACAGCUCGGAGUUCAGCACCCCAAACCUGCAGAUCUCCAACCCAGCGGGGGUGAAACGGGGCUGCAGGGUGCAGUUCCCAUCCUGACUGGGCUGGGCUGAAGGGAUGGAUGGCAUUAGGGUAUGAAUAUUUCACUCCAGGGGUGAGCUUGGGAAGUGGGAACAUUUACACACUACACUUUUUCAAAUCAGUGUUUUAAGGCUUAAACCUUAAAGGGGAAGUAAAAGGCACUGGUUUCUUUUUUCUAACACAGAAUUUGAAAUUAAUUUCUCUCUAAAAUACUAGUUAAUCAUGUUUUUAUAGUGUCUAUAGAAUCAGAAAUUCAUCAAGGUUGGAAACAACCACUAAGAUCAAGUCCAACCAUCAACCCAGCACCACCACCAUGGUCACCAUGUCCUCAAGUGCCUCAUCAACGUAUAAAACUGUUUAAUUUUUGGCAAAAUCAGCAAGCAAAAAUGACUGCAGCAUUCCUGAAACAGUAGUGCAAGGUUCCUGCAUCUUUGGAAAUUUAAAUGCAGAUUUUGAUAUGGAAAUCCUGUUACUUUCAAACCCAUUUUCUUCCCUUUCUCUUACUUCUCAGUAAGUAUGGAAAUGAAUCAUUGUGUCACCAUUGUAAAAUGAGAAAUGAAUUGGACUGUUACCUGCCCUGCAGAAGUUUUUUUCUAGUAAAGAACAUUUUUUGUU